UUAAAAAAAAAAGAAAACACUUGUUCCGGGAAUCAGCUGUAGCAGUUAGCAUCUGUACCUCUGCUAACUCGGCUAAUGUAUAAGUGACCAUUGUUAAUGUUUUAGCUACUAAUAUUUAUAAAUUCGUAAAGUAUUUAUUGAUUAUCUGAGCGGAUUGGAAGGUUAUUAGAAGCGCACAGGUUGUGUGUGAGUUAGCUUAGCGUGCUAGUUUUCUGAUGCUAGCUGUGGAGUGGUGUGUUUACACGGAGAGCUGGGCUACUUCCUGAUUAUUUACUUUACAGAAACCCUGGGAUUCGUGACACUUUUGAAGCUGAUGAGAAUGUGAAGGUUCUUCUUGUUGCUGAUCUGAGAAAUAAAGCCUGAGCCUGAAGAUGCCUGGAGUGGCUACAGGAGCCAAGGAUCUCUACCUGUCCACCUCACUGGGAGAUCUGAACAAAAAAGCUGAGGUCAAACCGGACAAAGCCAGCACCAGGCACUAUGUUCAGAGCGCGUGUAAACUCUUUAAAGCAGCAGAGGAGUGCCGUCUGGACCGUGACGAAGAGAAGGCCUACGUCCUGUACAUGAAGUACCUGACCGUCCAUGACCUCAUUAAGAAGAGGCCGGACUUCAGACAGCAACAGGAGUACUUCAUGUCCAUGCUCGGUCCAUCCAGCUUCAAGAAGGCCAUCGAGGAGGCGGAGAAACUCUCUGAGAGCCUGAAGUUCAGGUAUGAAGAGGAGGAGGUGCGGAAGAAGCUGGAAGAGAGAGAGAAGAGAGAGGAGAAGGAGAGACGAGAACAGAAAGCAGAAAUUGAUAAAGGCCGAGCGUCGGCCAAAGGCCCGGAGAACAGAAAGGACAGCAAAAAGGCUAAAGAACAAAACGAGCUGAAGAGUGUGAUCCAGAACUCACCAGCACCCCUGAGUGGCGGUAUCAGUGCUCAGCAGUUGUACACUAUGAUGAAGGACCCUAGCCUGAGUGUGUUAGUGAUGGACACUCGAAAACAAGCUGACUUUGAGGAGUCACACAUGGCAGUGCCCAAUCAAAGGUGCAUCAGUGUUCCUGAGGAGGCCGUCAAACCCGGGAUAACAGUAAAUCAGAUCGAGGUGAAGCUGCCAGCAGAGUCUCUGCCUCAGUGGAAACAGCGUGGCUUUGCUGAUUACAUCGUCCUGCUCGACUGGUUCAGCUCCGUAACUGACCUGAAACUGGGCACCACUUUACAGAGCCUGAAGGAUGCGCUGUACAAGUGGGACAGUGUGACGAUCCUGCACACAGAGCCUCAGGUUCUAGAGGGAGGCUAUGAGAACUGGCUGCUUUAUUACCCAAUGUUCACCAGCAAUGCCAAGAUCAGACCUCCACGCCAACACACACACCCCCUGGUACCAGAGUUGAAUUUUAGCUACCCGUGUCUGGAGGAGACUCCGCCCGAACCUGCAAGUGUGUGCGUGACGGACGGUGUGCAAGACUUACAAUCUAAUGGCACCGUAGAUGCAGACACAAACGGCAAGACUGCAGCCACUGAUACAAACACACACACUCCCUCCCCAACCCCACAGCCAACACCCACGCCGACACCAAGCGUGUCCAGUCCAAAGCAGCCUGCAGCUACGACAAAGCCAAUACCACAGUUCGAUAGAUCAACCAAGCCGGUGGUUAAACCCUCAGUAAGUGGAAAGUUGAACCCUGAGGGUGUAGCCAAAGAGGGCGGGGCUAAAGAUGCUGCCGUUUCCCCGGUGACCAAUGGCCCAGUGAUUCCGGAUCGUUUGGCCAAGCCGAACCUGGAAGAACUGAAAGGAAAAGAGGAAGAGGAGAAACGACACAGAGAAGAGGAGGAGAUGAAGAAGAGGAAGGAAGAAGAGGAGGAGGAGGAGAAAGAGAAGAGGAGGAAAUUGGAGCGGCAGAAGGCGGAGGAAGAGGAGGAGAAAGCGGAGGAUGGAGAUGAGAAAGGAAAGAGAGGAGUGAAGGAUCAGGCCCUGGAUGCUCAGCUCAAGAGCAUGUCUCUGGAUUCUCCUCUGCCCCACACUGCUGUUUCAGAUAUAAAGCGGGAACCUCUCACCCGUGCUCGGAGUGAGGAAAUAGGAAGGGUGGUGCCUGGGCUACCUGAAGGCUGGAUGAAGUUCCUGGACACGGUCACCGGGACAUAUAGGUAUUAUCACUCCCCCACCAACCGUGUGCAUCUUUACCCCCCUGAGGUCACGCCUCCUGCCACACCUCCAGCCACACCCUCUAAGCCCAAACCCCGUGCUGGAACAUCAGAGAAGGAGAAGGAGAAAGAGAAGGAGCGAGAGAGGGAGAGAGAGAGAGAGCAGUCCAAACUCAAACGCUCAUACUCCUCUCCUGAUAUCACCCAGGACCUGAACACAGAGACCGCCAGAAAACCCACACACACUCCUACAGUGAACCGAGAAACCAAACCCGUGACUGCCACUUCCUAUGCUAAAGCUGAGAUCGUUCGUCCAUCUGCUGCUAAGAUCCGGACCAUGAACCCGGUGUUUGGGGGUCUGGGUCCGUGUCUAACUGGACUGCGGAAUCUCGGGAACACCUGCUACAUGAACUCCAUCCUGCAGUGUCUGUGUAACACUCCCUUCAUGGCCGAUUACUUCAACAGGAACCGCUACCAGGAGGACAUCAACAGGUCCAACAUCCUGGGCCAUAAGGGCGAGGUGGCCGAGGAGUUCGGGUCAAUUAUGAAGGCUCUGUGGUCCGGUCAGUUCAAGUACAUCAGCCCUCGAGACUUUAAAAUCACCAUCGGUAAAAUUAAUGACCAGUUCUCCGGCUACGAGCAGCAGGACUCUCAGGAACUUCUGCUGUUCCUCAUGGACGGCUUACACGAGGAUCUCAACAAGGCAGAUAACCGUAAGCGAUGGAAGGACGAGGUGUGUGAUGCGGUGGAUGAUGUCAGCGUGGCGGACUGGGCGUGGCAGAAGCACAAGCUGCUGAACGAGUCCAUCAUUGUCUCCUUGUUCCAGGGUCAGUUCAAGUCCACACUGCAGUGUCUGACCUGCCACCAUCGCUCUCGCACCUUCGAGACCUUCAUGUACCUGUCACUGCCGCUCGCAUCAUCCUAUAAGUGCUCUCUGCAGGAGUGUUUGAAGCUCUUCUCUAAGGAGGAAAAGUUGACGGACAAUAAUAAGGUUUUCUGCCCACACUGUAAAGCUCAGAGGGAAUUCACCAAGAAGCUGGAGAUCUGGAAGGUUCCACCCAUCCUGCUCAUACACCUGAAGCGGUUCUGGUAUGAGGGCCGAUGGAAGCAGAAGCUCCAGACCUCAGUGGAUUUCCCUCUGGAGAAUUUGGACCUGUCCCAGUAUGUCAUCGGGUCGAAAAGCAACCUGAAGAGAUACAACCUGUAUGCAGUGUCUAAUCAUUACGGUGGACUGGACGGCGGUCACUACACAGCGUACUGUAGAAAUGCAGCUCGUCAGAACUGGUUUAAAUUCGACGAUCACGAGGUGUCGGAAAUCUCCACCUCCUCUGUCAAGUCGUCGGCUGCCUACAUCUUCUUCUACUCCUCCCUCUGAGGCCACACCCACUCGGAUGACCACGCCCAAGUGCCGACUGACCCGAGAGCCACAGAGCUGCUGUGGGUGGAGCUUAAAGGCCCAGCGUGAAGAAGCAGAUGAAGGAGUUUUAGUGAGAAUGUGAAAGUCUCCCUUCCUCCUUCUCUCUCUCUCUCUCUCUCUCUCUCCCUCCCUCCCUUUCUCUCUCUCCAUCUCUCCCCCUCUCCCUCCCUCCCUCUCUCUCUCUCUCUCUCUAGCGAAAUCUGUUAUUCCUGACUGUACCAGAAGGGGCGGAGCUUUCUCCCGCCAUUGUCCCACCAUUGGACACUAAUGACAUUUGGGACACGGCCGAGCGCAGUCUGAUCUUCCGCUUCUGAGAUGAACUCACGAGCUCAUGUACAUACGGCUAAUGGAGAUGUGUCCUGUCUUUUCUUUUUCUUUCUUUUUUUUUUUUAAUUUCCAUUUAAAGUGACCAAGUCCUCCUCCAGAGAGAGUGAUUGAGUCACCUGUCUGUCUGUCUGUCUGUCUGUCUGUCUGUCCGUCCUUCACCGCACCAAUCCAGUCUUUUUCAUUUCCACUUCCCUUAAUAUCGCUCCCAAAUGACUCCAUAUUACAUAUAGAUUAUGACAACUUCCUGUUUCCUCAUGUAAUAUAUAUAUAUAUAUAUACAUUAACCUUUAUCCUAUGCACUACAUGUAAAAUCAGGAGCCAUUUUUAAUUACGCACUGACCCUGCACCCUAUGUAGUGCACUAGACAUGUCCCAUUCUCCAAUGAUUGAUGUUGGACCCUCUGGAAGCUCCGCCCAUCUCUCCCUGUGUAAUGCCGUUUUCCCCGCCUCCCUUCCUCCUUCUUUAACGUGGCACUGCACGUGGUUCCUGUUCUGACCGGACACAGUGUGAGAGAGAGAAUAAGCCAUGGUCAGGAUCGGAGUGUCCUCGUUAUUCUGAGCCUCCUGUAAUCAUCUUUCUGUUAUUAACAUAUCAUAUAGCGCUGAGUUCGUUAACUCAUUAUCUGUCUCGUUAUCUUGUCAUUUAUGUGUUUGUAAGUCUUUCAUCAAUGUGUUUUUCUGCUCCAUGUUUAUAAUCUAAUGCAGUGGUCUCACACACACGCACAAACAUGCUGUACACUAACAUUUACUUAUAUAUAUAUAUAUAUAUGCUAGUCUGGCUGUGCUAACCUGAGCAUAGCUUAGCAAACUAAAAUCUGGACAGAGAAGAUACUUUAGAACCCAACUGUGCAUUCUCUCCACUAAAGUCCAGCUCCAUUAAUGCUGAGGUCAGUGAGGAGGAAAACUGUUGGACAAUACUAUGGGUAACUGAGAAGCUGCAGCUUUCACUCAUCUCCAGAACGCAUUUCUCACACACUUUCUGUGUAGAAUCUGACUGGGUCACUCCUGCUACUCAACCCCUCCCCCAAUCAUUAUUCUGACCAAUCAUCUUAGGGUGUGGUUUCUUUCCAUACUCUUCAGGUCCCUACUUUUCUCCUGGUAUUCCAGGGUUCCUCGUCCCACAGCUCUCUGAUCUUCUCAUGACCUCUUGAUGUCUUUAAGGUUGCUUGUUCCUUGUGCUCUCCUGCAGAACCCUGAAACAUCUCACACAGUGCUGAGGAACCAUGAGCUUUAUAAUACUAAGUGUUGGUGCAUUCAGACUGUAGGACCUGACUGUAGCAUCAGCUAUCAGUAAUUUCACCUCCACACACACACACACACACACACACACACACCCAUUCUGUGGGGCCUGUUGAGUUCCACCCACUCUUAGGCAGAGAAAUCAGCUGAUCUUGGAGCAUAAAUAUCAAGCACAGCUGAGCACCCUUUAAUGCUGGCCAGCAUCACACACACACACACACACACACACAACCAAACUGUUGGCUUUAUCAUUGUUAGAGAUGGAUCACUCAGUGGACCGUAUAACUCCUAUAAUUAACCAGCUGUGACAAUAAAGCUAAUCAAACACA